GGGAUUGGAAUUUGGAAGUAAAAGUUGAACUGAACACGGGCUACAACUAAAAACCAUUAAAUCAACAAUCUUUUUAGAAGCUUACCGUUACUAUUACCAUGAUAUUUGAUGACAUAGUUGUAGCAUGUGGAAGUGGGGGUACGGUAGCUGGAUUAUCAAUUGGAUCGUGGCUUAGUAGCUUGAAGGCAAAAGUUAAUGCAUUUUGUGUCUGUGAUGAUCCUGAGUACUUCUAUGAGUAUGCCCAAUCCCUCCUCGACGGACUCGAUGCAAAGAUUAGAUCAUCUGAUAUUGUCAGCAUCCAAAGUGCCAAGGGUCUUGGAUAUGCUAUGAACACAAGCGAGGAACUCAAAUUUGUCAAAGAGAUUGCUGAAACCACUGGUGUAAUUCUUGACCCCGUUUACAGCGGGAAAGCAGCUUAUGGGAUGAUGAAAGACAUGGGUGAGAAUCCAAAAAAGUGGGAAGGGAGGAAGAUUCUUUUCAUACAUACUGGAGGACUGCUGGGUUUAUUUGACAAAUCAGACGACGUGCAGGCGUCACUGGUGGGGGGCAACCGUUGGCGCAAAAUGGACAUCAACCACUCCGUUCCUAGGAAGGACGGUACCGGUAAAAUGUUCUAAAAUGCCCCGGCGUAUAAGAUGUGCAUGUUCGUGAUCUAUUGUCAUCGGAUUCGGGUCGACCAUACAGGUAUGGACUUCUAGACGUUUGGGUUGAGCGGGCCACAUGUCGUUGGGUAUAUUUCACACGGACAACUGCAGUAAAUACUAGGGCUGCUA